AUGCCCAGGACAAUGAGAUCAAUAUUACUGUCGUGUUUGGUAGUGAUGUGCGGUAUGUAUGCCUACCGGUGCGCUACCAUUAACUUCAGCGCUUGGCGUACGUCAACGGUGUACAAGAAUUUUGACCUCAAAUGCAACUAUACUUUGGUCCGCAAAUCCGAAUUCUUCUCCAACCCGACUUUUUAUAAAAUCAAAGGCAUCGAUAAGAUCGUGAAGAGGACUCCCGGCUAUAUCUCCAUUAAUAACGCCAACAAAACCACAUCCGGUCUCUACAGGUGUCAAGUGAACUACAGUGGGGGCAGAAUACUAUCAGUACUUAUCAUAAGAAAAGAACAUAUUGUAUAA